CGCCCAUUAACCCAAACCUAAACCAGAGCCUUGAGUUUUGCCCUGAGUUACAAACUUACAGUUUCUCUCUCUCUGUAGAAGGCAUCAAUGGCUGAGCAAAACCCUAGAUUCUUCGUGGCAGUUCACGUGGGCGCUGGAUAUCAUGCGCCUUCCAACGAGAAAUCUCUCAGGUCUGCGAUGAAGCGCGCUUGCCUCGCUGCUGCUUCUAUUCUUCGCAAGGGCUCUGGUGGAUGUAUAGAUGCUGUUUCAGCAGCAAUUCAAAUAUUGGAGGAUGACCCAAGCACAAACGCUGGCCGAGGCUCUAAUUUGUCCGAAGAUGGUCAUGUAGAAUGCGAUGCCAGUAUCAUGGAUGGUGAUUCUGGAGCAUUUGGGUCUGUUGGAGCUGUGCCAGGUGUUCGCAAUGCCAUCCAAAUUGCUACUUUAUUGGCCAAGGAACAGAUGUUGGGAUCCUCCCUGCUUGGUCGAGUACCUCCCAUCUUCUUAGUUGGUGAAGGUGCUCGCAUAUGGGCAAAGUCCAAGGGUAUUGAUCUACCAGCAACUAUUAAAGAGGCUGAUGAGUGGCUGGUGACGGAAAAGGCAAGACUACAAUGGCAAAAAUAUAAAGCAAUGCUUGAUGAUGCCAUGGCUAAGAAGAAAAUUUCUUCUGUGGAACCCUUUUGUAGUCCUCAGGAGACUGCUGUGUUAUCAGAAUUGGAUGCUCAACCUAGUGAUUCUUCAAACGGAAAUGAAGGUGGCCAGUCAUCGGUGCUGAGUGCAUUGGAGGAUGACUAUAUUAUGGACACUGUUGGGGUUAUUUGUGUCGACACUGAAGGACACAUAGCAUCUGGGGCCUCAAGUGGUGGCAUUGCACUGAAGGUUAGUGGUCGUGUGGGACUGGCAGCAAUGUAUGGUUCAGGUUGUUGGGCAUCUUCCAAAGGUCCCUUUGGGGCUCCAUUUAUAGUUGGCUGUUGUGCUACUGGUGCAGGAGAAAGUUUAAUGAGAGGAUUUGCAGCUCGGGAGUGCUGUGUCUCAUCAUCACUUUCUCAGGCAGGCCCUGCCUCUGCAUGCACCAAAGUUUUACGCUCCGUUGUUCAAAACAGCAGUCAACAUGGUACUGAUAAAAGUGCUGGAAUUCUACUUGUGCAAGCUGAUGCUCCAAUAACAGCCCCCCAGAAUUCACCAAAGCUGAAAGCUAUAGAGAUUGCAGCUUCAUACUCUUCCUUAUCUUUUGGAAUAGGUUAUUUUGGAAGCUCUAUGGAACGGCCCAAGGUUUCAAUUCUGAGGAGUACAAAGCAGCAAAGCAGGACUGGAAUGGAUCAUUUUGAAGCACGAAUUGAUGUCUCUGCUGGGAAAUCGUUAUAAUGGGAAUCCCAUCUUGAAUAAAUUUGGAUUAGCAUUCAAGUUUAAAAGAAAACCUGUACAUUGAUAAUCUUAUGUUGGUGACAAAAGAGGUUAUUUAUUUUGUGGCA